AUGAACCCAAGCCCAAACAAACCCUAUUCCAUUCAGGUAGCAGACAAGCACGGCUUCGAGUUCUCCUCACAGUCGCACGACUGGAUCCUUCAGAUCCGAAACAAGGCCACGGGCAAGCAGUGCUCGGUGUUUGGCUACACCUUUGACGUGAAUCCAGCACUCACCUCGGCGUGGUUGCAUCAGUGCAAGACCGAGCAGAAACAGAGGGUCGGGGACAGAAGCGCUUUCAUUGUGCCUCACCAGGUUUUUCUCAGCCCUUCCAAUCCGUUCACAGCGAACUACUUGCCCCGAUCUGGCAUGUGGGCGCCUGUGCAAGAGGCGGUGAACAAGUACGGCUUCCCGGUGGUGGUGAAGGAGUACGGCCUGGCGGUCUCGCCCUACAAGCGCGUCAUCGACGAGUACCGCUGCGUAUGCUGCUCUGCAUGA